GGGGUCCCUGAGGGGGAUUUUGGGGGUCCCUGAGGGGGAUUUUGGGGUGACCGCGGUGGUUUUGGGGUCCCCCAGGCCCAUGGCGGAGCUGCACCUCUUCGGGCAGAUCGAGGGCGGCUCCGGCUUCCCCCAGCGCCGCCUUUUCUGCAAGUGGGGGCUGCACGCGGGCGCUGCCUGGACGCUGCUGGCCGGGGCGGGGGCGGGGCAGACCCAGCUCGAUGACCCCCAGGUGGACGAUGUGGCACAUUGGGGACAUCCCCUGGACAUGCACCUGGCCACCAAGGGCCUGCAAGGGUGGCCCAGGCUGCUCCUGGAGGUGUGGCACGUGGACGGCUGGGGCCGGCCGGGGCUGGCCGGGUACGGCGUGUGCCACGUGCCCAGCGCGCCCGGCUGUCACCGCGUCACCUGCGUCACCUGGCGCCCGCGGGGGACACGGGCACAGCGCCUGCUGGGGACAGGGGGACCCCAGCUCCGUGUCCCCGAGGUCACCGCGGCCGGGGCUGGGGACAGGUUCAGGCUGAGCACCGAGAGCGCGGGGACGGUGACACUGGAACUGGGCGUGGUGACACGGAACAUGGGGAGAUACGGGGUGGCACUGGGGUGACAUUGGGGACACUGUGACACUGUGACAUUGGGGACAGGUUCAGGCUGAGCACCGAGAGCGCGGGGACGGUGACACUGGAACUGGGGGUGGUGACACGGAACAUGGGGAGAUAUGGGGUGGCACUGGGGUGACACUGGGGACACUGUGACAUUGGGGACACUGUGACAUGGGGGUGGCAUUGUGAUGUUGGGGACAUCAGGGACACUGGGGACAUUGCAGUGACACUGGGGACACUGUGACAUUGGGGACAUUGAGGACACUG